CUGCCUUCUUCCAAGGUUGCAUUUACUGUGGUGGAUGGAUGCUGAAAAAGACGACCGCUGGCAGUACGCAAUAGCAUUCUGAUUUAUCAAAUAUAACAACUUUUCUGGAAUUGGGAGAUACUAUUUCUCUCCGAAGUUAAUUUAAAAUGGAUGAAAUGGAAGAAGAAUUAAAAUGCCCCGUCUGCGGAUCUUUUUUCCGGGAGCCGAUCAUUCUACCGUGUUCCCACAACAUUUGCCUGGCUUGCGCUCGGAAUAUCCUAGUACAGACCCCAGACGCCGAAUCUCCACAGAGUAGCCGUGCGUCUGGCUCGGGGCUAUCUGAUUAUGACUAUCUAGACCUGGAUAAGAUGAGCUUGUACAGCGAGGCGGACAGUGGGUAUGGCUCCUAUGGUGGAUUCGUAAGUGCCCCGACCACCCCUUGCCAGAAAUCCCCAAAUGGUGUGCGUGUAUUCCCCCCUGCCGUACCCCAACCUCCUGCUCAGCACCACUUACUAGGACACCCCGGCUCUCUACUCCCUAUCCCCCGAAACUCCUGCAUCACCUGCCCGCAAUGCCAUCGCAGCCUCAACCUGGACGAAAGGGGGCUCCGCGGGUUUGCCAAGAACCGGGUGCUGGAAGGGGUUGUGGACCGGUACCAGCAGAGCAAAGCAGCCGCCCUAAAGUGUCAGCUCUGCGAGAAGAGUCCCAAAGAGGCCACUGUGAUGUGCGAGCAAUGUGACGUGUUCUACUGUGACCCUUGUCGCUUGAGGUGCCACCCCCCUCGAGGUCCGCUAGCCAAGCAUCGCCUCGUGCCCCCGGCGCACGGCCGGGUAAACCGUCGGACAAGUCCCCGGAAGAUCUCCACCUGUACAGAGCACGAACUUGAGAACCUGAGCAUGUACUGUGUUCAGUGCAAGAUGCCGGUGUGUUACCAGUGUUUAGAGGAAGGCAAGCAUGGAACACAUGAAGUCAAGGCUCUGGGAGCUAUGUGGAAACUGCACAAGGGCCAGCUGUCCCAGGCCCUCAACAUCCUGUCUGACAGAGCUACCGAGGCCAAGGAGUUCCUGGUUCAGCUGAGGAACAUGGUGCAGCAUAUCCAGCCCGCUGAUGGUCCAGGGAGACCCUUACUAGUGACAUCAGGGUGGGGAACACUGAAGGAGAACGGUGUGGAGUUCGAAGCCUGUCUGGUGGCGCAGUGUGACGCCCUCAUCGACGCCCUGAACCGACGCAAGGCCCAGCUGCUGACCCGCGUCAACAAGGAGCAUGAGCACAAGCUGAAGGUGGUGAGGGAUCAGAUAUCUCAUUGUACAGUGAAGCUGCGUCAGACAACAGGCCUGAUGGAAUACUGUGUGGAGGUCAUCAAGGAGAACGACCCCAGCGGAUUCCUACAGAUCUCAGACGCCCUGAUCAGGAGGGUGCACAUGACGGAGGACCAGUGGGGGAAGGGAACCCUGACCCCCAGGAUGACCAGUGACUUUGACCUGACCCUGGACAGCGGACCCCUGUUACAGACCAUCCACCAACUAGACUUCGUACAGAUGAAAGUCCCAGCAGCCCCCAUGCUCCAGCUGGAGGAGUGCUGCACCAUCAACAACAGCGCCACGUUGUCAUGGAAACAGCCACCUCUCUCCACCAUCGCCGUGGAUGGAUACAUCCUGGAGCUGGACGACGGCAACGGGGGACAGUACAGGGAAGUGUAUGUGGGGACGGAGACGAUCUGCACGGUGGAUGGACUCCACUACAACAGCACCUACAUGUCCAGGGUCAAAGCCUUCAACGCCAGUGGAGUAGGACAGUACAGCAAGAUACUGGCCAUGCAGACCUCCGAGAUUGCCUGGUUCACCUUUGACCCUGCGUCAGCCCACCCUGACAUCAUCCUCUCCAAUGACAACCUGACAGUGACGUGCAACAGCUACGAUGACAGGGUGGUCAUGGGUAAUUCCGGCUUCUCCCGCGGUGUGCACUACUGGGAGAUCACGGUGGAUCGCUAUGACAACCACCCGGACCCUGCGUUUGGGGUUGCCCGCGGCGACGUGCUGAAGGACGUGAUGCUGGGGAAAGACGAUAGGGCCUGGGCCAUGUAUGUGGACAACAACCGCUCCUGGUUCAUGCACAACAACUCACACACCAACAGGACGGACGGGGGCGUUAGUAAAGGGACUACAGUAGGAGUGUUGUUAGACUUCAACAGAGGGAUCCUCAUCUUCCUCAUCAACGAUGAACAGCAGGGUCCUGUGGCCUUCGAAGGCAUCGAGGGGCUCUACUACCCUGCUAUCAGCCUCAACCGAAACGUACAGGUGACCCUGCACACCGGCCUGCCCAUUCCUGACUUCUACACUCCAGGGGAAGCAGACCUGUCUGGUGUGUUAAGGAGUUGACUCAGCACUGCAGUGAAGCAAGACAAGACAAGGGCUAUGUCCCAAAUGGCACACUAUAGCGCACCCUAUUCCCUUCAUAGUACACAGGGCUCAUAGAGCUCUGGUCAAACGUAGUGCACUAUAUAGGGAAUAGGGUGCCAUUU